GCUUUUGUUGGCUAGCAUAGCCACAUCCUGACAGGCUGACACGUCCAUCCUCCACUCCUGCUCCGCUUUCGGUUUUCAGUCCACCUCCCUCUCUUGUAUCGACCCUGCAGUCCAGAGCCCAGACGCGUGAGCCACCUCCGCUUCCAGUAGGUUCUCGAAGAGAGGUCGCCGAUGACCGUCUGAUCGUCCGUCGCCAUGGGCUGCGCCGGAUCCACCCCUAAAUCUGACGAUAGCAGUAAGAAGCUGAAAAAACCAAAGCCUUGGAAGCACACUCAGUCAAUAACACCAGCACAACUCAAACAGAUGCGCGAAGAAUUCUGGGACACUACUCCUCACUAUGGUGGACAGAAAGAGAUCUGGGAUGCACUUCGGGCCGCUGCAGAAGCUGAUUUAGCACUUGCGCAAACCAUAGUAGACAGUGCUGGCAUCAUUGUCACAAAUUCUGACAUGACACUCUGCUACGACGAAAGAGGUGCCAAAUACGAACUACCAAAGUACGUUCUGAGCGAGCCGACUAAUUUGAUCCGGGAGAAAUGAAUUCAUAGACCACGAAGGAUUCGUGUAAAUCAUGUAAAUCUCAUUUGUUCGGCGACUAUAGUCUUUACUUGCUCAAAACUUCAAUGGAGAUGCCACAUUCGGUUUA